AUGAGUCUAACAUUUGAUAUAAAAGAUAUUAGUGUCAAUGGUAACGCACAUAAAAUACUUCUGCAGAACGAAAAUGGACCAUGUGCUUUGCUAGCGCUGUGCAAUGUGCUUCUGCUUUCACCGCAGUUGUCGCAACAAGCGGGUCCAUUGCUAGAGCUAGUUUCGAGGAAGAACGAAGUGGGGCUUGAUGAAAUCAUCACCACGCUGGCAAACAUCGGAAUGCAAACGCCACGGGGUGCACACCAAGAUGUAGAUAGACUUCUGCAACUAAUGCCACAGCUGCACACGGGGCUUUCGAUAAACCCAACGUUCAACGGUUCUUUCGAAGAUGGGGACGAAAUGGCUCUAUUCCGUCUUUUCAAUGUGAGCCUUGUCCAUGGAUGGCUUGCAGACUAUGCCAGUGAUCCAAUGCAGUACGAGCAUGUAUCUCGCUACUCAUACGAGGGAGCUCAGAAAGCACUGAUCGCAGCUUACGACAUUCAGCAUGGGAACAUUGCAGAGACAGAACAUAACCGCACGGUGCUUGAGGAUGCCGGCUUCAUCAAGUCCUUCUUCGCGAGAUCUGCCACGCAGCUCACGGAGUGCGGCCUGGAUCACAUGAAGGAAGUGCUGCUGGAAAAUUCGUACGCGGUCAUGUUCCGCAACGACCACUUUGCCACGAUCUGCAAGUCCAAUAACCAGCUGUACACACUGGUGACAGAUCUCGGGUUCAAGGAAAACGCAAAUGUUGUUUGGCAAUCACUGAAAUCGGUAAAUGGUUCCCAGGACACUUUCUUUACAGGCAACUUUCUUCCUGCGAUGUCCGAUCGUUCUGCAACACUGGACAGUUCUAUGGCUGCAGUUCCAAGGGGCGGAACAAACAAUCCAUUUGCCGAUCCCGUCGGAUCGGGCUCCAGCGUUGCGGAGAAUGACUCCAACUUCAUGACGGACGAGCAAUAUGCUCGCCAACUACAAGAACAGGAAGAUGCGCGUGUGGCUAGAAACAUGCAAAGAAACUACGAAGCCGCUGGUAACCUAAGAAAUGGGAACGCAAGAUCCUCUAGAAAGGGCCCUGACUCCAAAAAGAAUGGUUCUAAGACCCGCAAACGCGACAAAUUGAAGAAAAGCUGUAUUUUGAUGUGA